AAUGCCACCCAAAUAAUAAAAAGUAACCCUUAGGAGACCAAUACCUGUAAGUUAUUAAUUAUAAUUGAUAGAAAAAACAACCUAAAAUAGCCAAUUAGAAUUUAAAUUAAUAAGAAGCUGAACCAGAUGGUGAUGAAUCAGAAUAUUAACAUGAAGUUUUGAAAUAAAUAAAUAUUUAUAGAGAGAAAGAGAUAGACCUUAAUUGACAGAGAAAGAAUUGAAUGAAGAUAUGCCAUCUAAAAUGUUGAUUCCUAACAAUCCUCAAGCACCAAAGAAUAUAACUUAAUAUGAUUAUUUAUAAAGAAAAGUAACUACUGAAAAUUAUGAUAGUAUAAAACAGAUGAAUUAGUUGAAUAAUUGAUUAUUCAUUUCAGAUUAGAUGGAGAAAUCAUUCACAAAGAUUCAAAUGAGGCCAGAAUACAAGAGGAAUUAUGGGAUACAAAAUUAGCAUUGAUUAAAGAAGCAGAAAGAAAUUAAGAAAUGGAAGAUCCUGGGGCAUCAAAGGAUAAAGAGGCAAUUAAAUAAACAAUGAGAAAUAAAUUUAAUUAUAAUGCAAGAGAAGCAUAAACUGAUGGAAGAGUAAUUAGAGAAAGAGGUGUAUCAACAGAACCUCCUCCUAGUGAUACAUUAAAAGGUUAAAUUACAUAAUGGGAAAUUUUUGAUGCUUAUAUAUAAAAUAAAGCCAAAGAAGAAAGUUAAAAAAAGAAAGAUCAUACUUCAGAUAAUACAGUUUAUAAGCCAUCUUUCAAGAGAUGUUUAAAAAUUAUGGAAAGAACAGUUGUUCACAAUGAUCAAAAAGAAAAAUAUAAUGAUUAUAAAUAUUAUUGGAAUCAAGGGGAAGUAGUAGAAACAUCUAAAAAUGAAGGGUAAAGAUUUAUAAAAUAAUUAGACAUUUAUUACCUAUUUGGAAAUUUUCAAAUGAGAAAUAAAAAAAGAAACAUGUAACAUCAUUAUGUUGGAAUCCUAGAUAUAUGGAUCUAUUUGCUGUAAGUUUUGGUAGUUAUGAAUUUUCAAAAUAAAGAAUGGGUCUUAUAUGUUUAUAUUCUCUUAAAAAUACAACUCAUCCAGAAUAUGCAUUUACAUGUGAAGCUGGAGUUAUGUGCUUAGAUUUUCAUCCUUAAAGUCCAGCAUUAUUAGCUGUAGGAUUAUAUGAUGGAACAGUUUUAGUUUAUGAUAUCAGAAAUAAACAUAAAAAACCAAUUUAUUAAUCAACUGUAAGAACUUAAAAACACACAGACCCAGUAUGGCAAGUUAAAUGGAAUCCAGAUAUCUCUAAGAAUUAUAAUUUUUAUUCAAUUUCAUCUGAUGGUAGAGUUAUGAAUUGGGUUUUGAUGAAAAAUAAAUUAGAACCUGAAGAAGUCAUUAGAUUAAGAUUGGUUGGUAAGAAUGAAGAAGAAAGUACUUUAAUUGGUUUAGCUUGUGGUUUAUGUUUUGAUUUCAAUAAAUUUGAACCUCAUAUCUUUUUAGUUGGUACUGAAGAAGGAAAAAUACAUAAAUGUUCUAGAGCAUAUUCAGGAUAAUAUUAAGAAACAUAUAUUGUAUAUUAAUAAUUCUUAUAAUUAGGGACAUAAUUUAGCAGUGUAUAAAGUUAAAUGGAAUAAUUUUCAUUCUAGAACUUUCAUUUCUGCAUCUGCUGAUUGGACUGUUAAAAUAUGGGAUUCUAAAAUAUCUACACAAAUUAUGAGUUUUGAAUAAGGAAUGUAGGUUGUUGAUGCUAUGUGGGCACCUUAUAGUUCUACAGGUAUUCAUUAAUUAUAUAUUAUUAGUUUUCGCUUGUGCCACUUAAGAUAAAAUAUUUGUUUAUGAUUUGAAUGUUGAUAAAAUUGGAAAACUUGCAGAAUAAAAACCAUCUAAAUAACCAAGAUUAACUAAUAUUGCAUUCAAUUAAAGAGAUCCUAUUAUUUUAGUAGGUGAUACUCAUGGUGGUAUUACAUUACUUAAAUUAAGUCCUAAUUUAACAAAAUGUAUAUAUAUAUAUAAAUAAAAUUAUAGCUGGAGUUAAAGCAUCCAAUUUCCCAGAUGGUAAAAUACCUAAAGAAUUUGAGAGUAUGUCAUUAGAAGAAUAUGAAAAAUAAAAAAUGGAAAAUCUUUUGCAAGUGGUUUCAAAAUGGGAAAGGGAAGAUUCCUGA